AUGGCCUCCUCAUCGGCGACCCCAGCUGUGUCCUCGGGCGACCUCGUCGACCUCGUCUCCUCGUCGGGCUCCGCAACCGUCUAUCCCUCCGACGACGCCAUCCUCGCCGUCCUCCAAGCUCGCUUUCGCUCAGACCUCCCCUUCUCAAAAAUAAAUGCCUCCAACCUCGUCGCAAUCAACCCCUACAAGGCCCUCGCCACCACAAACGAGGCCAGCGCGACUGAAUACGAAGAGCGGUCCUACAAGGACACCUCGAUCGCCGUGGCUGGCUCCACCCAGGCCCUCCAGCCCCAUCUCUACGACCUCGCAGCAAAGGUCUAUCUGCUCAUGAGGCGGCGCAAUCAGCCCCAGGCCGUCGUCUUUCGCGGGAUCACUGGAGCGGGCAAAUCCUUCAGCAAGGAUCUCUUCGUCAACCAGGUCCUCAGGAUCUCUGCCCACUCGAAGCGCGAGACAAGGCUCGCAGACCAGAUCAAGGCCCUCACCCCCCUCCUUGACUCUUUCGGCAACGCGAAAACCCUCCUCAACCCCAACGCUUCGCGGCACGGCCGCUAUUUCGAGCUCCACUUCAACGAGCGCGGCCGCCUCAGCGGCGCAAAGGUCCUCACAUACGGGCUCGACAAGACGCGCCUCAACCGCCUCACCCACGAGGAGCGCACCUACCACAUCUUCUACCAGCUCCUCGCCGGCGCCACCCCAAGCGAGCGCGAUGCCCUUAAUUUGGAGGACCCUUCCGACUACGCACUUCUCGCCUCAUCCGGCUGCUACCGUCUUCCUUCCGGCCCUUUCAGCGACGACGCGAUCGCCAUGGACGACCUGCGCGUGGCCAUGCGCGCCCUGGGCUUCAAGCCGAAGCACGUCGCCUCCAUCUUCAGCCUCGUCGUCGCCAUCCUCCUCCUCGGCAACCUCCAGUUCGGCGAGGGCGAUGCACGGGACGUCUCGGCCUACGUGUCAACCCCACUCGUGCUCGAUCAAAUCGCCCGUCUGCUGGGAGUGACGUCGGAGGAUCUCGCACAGACCCUAACCAAUAAGACGAGCUACGUGCGCAAGGAGCUGUACACCGUGCUCAUGGACGCGGAGCAGAGCGCGCACCAGCGCGAUCAGUUCGUCCGCGAUCUGUAUGCCAUUCUGUUCGCCUUCGUCGUGGAGACGGCGAACCACCGGGUCGCGCCCGGCGCGCAAGACCCACCCCCCCACUCGCAGAUCGUGCUCGUCGACCAGCCCGGCUUCCAGUCGCGCGGCCCGUCGCAGACCGGGUCGAUGAUGUUCUCGGGCAGCGCGCCGCUCGUGCACGCGUACGGCCAGAACGGGUUCGACGAGUUCUGCAUCCACUUCGCGGACGAGGUGAUGCACUCGUACGUGCUGCGCAACCUGUUCGAGGACGCGGUCGGCCUCAACGGCCAGCUGACGGGCGACGGCCUGGCGCUGCCCGCGAUCACCGUGAUGGACAACUCGGCGUGCAUCGAGCUACUGCGCGGCGCCCAGCUGAGCGAGCGCGCGCACAAGAAGCCCGCCGGCAUCGGGGACAAGAUGGACGAGGACCUGGUGCAGGACUUGGUCGCCAAGUUCGGGGUGCACGCGUCGUUUGUCGUCAGCCCAAGCGUCGGCGGCGCGUCGGAGCGCAAUCUGUUCGGCAUCAACCACUACGCGGGGAGCUGCUCGUACGACACGUCCGGCUUCGUGCAGAAGGACUCGGACAUCUUGGACUCGGCCUUCGUGACCCUCUUGCGCAACUCGACCGACUCGUUCGUGUCGAAGCUGUUCUCGGGCCCCAGUCUUGCCGCGGAGAAACACUCCAAGGACGAGAACACUAUCGUUCAGGCUCAAGUAUCGUCAAGACCG